AUGGUCCGCUCGCGCUCGCCGCACAAGUCCCCGCGGAAGCGCUCCCCGCGGAAGCAGUGCUAUGGCAACAUUCGGUGGUACAAUGGGAGGCGUCAGACGGGUCUCAUCGAUGCAGAGGAUGGCAGGAAGGUCUUCAUCCCAGUGGGUGGGGCCCUGAACCGGAACUGCGUCCCGGCGACACCAGGCGGUCUCAUGCACGGCACCCGUGUGGUCUUUCGGAUCGUCUCCUUUCUGGAUCCGGACAAGCCCAAAGAUAAUGUCCAGCAUGGCUGUACGGAUGUUCGCCCCACGGACCCGGACCAAAUUGGCUUAGAGUGCGGUGUGAACACAAGCAUCGGCGGACGAGCGGUGAAUGAAGACCGCUUGGUUUAUUGUGAUCUUUACGAUCUCGGAUUCCUAGCUGGAGUCUUUGAUGGACAUGGCGGGCAGCACUGCGUGGACUUCGUGAGGCAACGCCUUCCCGAGCUGAUCCGCGAGAGCUACCUGGGUCUGGCGCAGCAUCUCGGAGGCAUCAACGCCUUGACUCCCAGCGAGGAGGAGAAGCUGAUCGAAGUCGCGUGUCGUAACGCCUUUGUGCAGACGGACUCCGAGUACCUUCAAAAAGCACGCGAUUUGCACCUGAACGACGGCUCGACGGGUCUGGUGGCACUCUUGGCCCAUGGCUUUGAGGACGAAGGGCCGUCCACACGAUCCCUGGUUGAAGGCUGCAAACCGGGUGGCUGCACGAAGCUCUUCGUGGCAAACUGCGGGGACUGCCGGGCCGUGCUCCUCCGUGGGCGCAAGGCGAUCCGCUUGACCCAGGAUCACAAGCCCGAGCGACCCGACGAGACGGCCCGCAUUCAGCAAGCUGGUGGCAUCGUCAUCUCUACCCCCUGCGGCACACACCGGGUUGGCAAAAAAAACGGCCAAUGGUUUCUUUCCACCUCCCGAUCCUUCGGAGACCUAGAGCUUAAGGAGCCACGGCCUCUUGUCAUCGCUGAGCCGGAGCUGUUGGUCCAUACGCUCGAGCCGGAGGACUGGGCUGUCGUCCUGGCCUCGGACGGCGUGUGGAACUGCCUUUCAGAUCAAGACGUUUGGCAGGCAGUGUGGCAGGCGCUCUUACCCAUCUCCACCAAACAGGGUUGCCCGCGACGGCUGCCCCGUAUCCUGGAGGAUGUGCUACCAUGGUUUCGGACCAGGCGACGCUUGCACUGGCCUGACGGCGUCGUCUCCGGCCUGGAAGUGCGUGCGACAGGGGCUGAGCCAAAAGGUGGGCUCGCGGUGAGCCUUGAAUCUGGCGUUUCAGUUCCUGCAGCUGUAGAAGGUGCGCUGGAUGGCUUCGAGUCCAAAAACUUCAACCAGAAGAUGCAUUAA